AUUUUUGAGUGGAAACAAGAAAAUUUGUAAAUGUGUGACAUGAAAUUAGAAAUCAAAUGUUAAUUGUUGCUCACAAUCUAUUUUAUAUUAAUCAGUGAUUUAAUGUGUAACAGUAAUUAGUGUACAAGUCGAGUUAUGCUUGAAAGGCUUGUUGCCUGGGUAUUAAAUUCCUACAUUGGUGAUUAUUUCGGUAAUGUAAACACUGAUCAAUUAUCAGUUGCUCUUCAUCAAGGUGAAGUUGAACUUGAAGGAUUACCUCUUAAAGUUGAAGCUUUUCGCCAUUGGGAUUUACCUAUUGAAAUAAAAGCUGGUUCAGUUGGUAAGAUAAGGUUAAAGGUUCCAUUAUACAGAUUCCGAACUGAACCAUGGUUGAUAUUAAUGGAAGAAUUAUAUCUGGUCACUGGGCCCAUUAAGGAUUUCACUUAUCAUGAAGAUAUUGAAAAAGUGACUCAACAAGAUUACAAGUUAACCUUAUUGGAAGCUUUGGAGAGAAAAUUUCAAUCACAAUAUGAAUCAAAAGAAAGUCAAUCUUAUUAUGCUUAUUCAUAUUCUAAUUGGUUUUCCUAUGGAUCUUCAUUGGUUACAUCGAUAAUUGAAAAUCUUCAACUUAAGAUAAACAAUGUACAUAUUAGAUAUGAAGACUCUUGGUCUAUACCUCGAACACCAUUUGCCUCUGGAUUAACGAUUUCCAGUAUAAAUGUUCAAACAACUGAUGACGAUGAUAAUUUAGAUGAUGCUAGUAGAUCAAAAUCAAUCGAUGGAUCUCCAACUAAAAGUGGAAUUGCCAGAAAAGCGGUUCAUCUUGAAGGGUUUAACCUUUACUGGGACAGUAAUAUUACUCUAAUUGAAAAUCUUUCUAUGGAAAAUCUUGUUGAACAAAUGAGAUUACUCUCAGAGAAACAAAUUUCCCCUGAUGGAACCAUCAAAGAUCAUGAUUAUCUUGUCUGUUCGGUCAAUGGUAAAGCUCAAAUUAAACAAAAUGCCUUUGAUGAUCUUCUCAAAACGGUGGACAAUUUCAUGUUAGACUUUCAAUUAGAAAAGUUUCCUCUUCGUUUAACUCUUGUACAAUAUCGUUUGAUGUUAGAAUGGUCAACAUUUCUGAAUAGAACUAAAAAAUUGUGGAAAUAUCGUAGAUGGCGACCAUUGGUUCCAAUUAAAGAUGAUCCUAAAUCUUGGUGGACUUUUGCUGUGAAUGCGAACAUGGAAACAUAUCGUAAAAGGAAACAAGCUCGAAGCUGGAAAUUUUUGAUACAACGUGUUAAAGAUAUUCUUGAUUAUACUGAUAUUUAUUAUUCUUAUUUAACUGAUGCUGAUUCCAUGACCAAAGAAAUGGAAGAGAUUAAGGAACGAAUUGAAACCGAAUUAACUUACGAGGAACUUUUCUGUUUAAGAGAAAUUGUUUACCAUAAUAUAAGAAAAAAUCAAGAAAAUUUGUCACUCAAAAGAGGAUCUGGAACCGGAGGGUCAGGAGGAGAUGAAAAUGGUGGUUUCAUUCAGAAUUGGCUAUCAUGGUGGUAUUCAGAGACUGUCGAGUCAGAUGACAUGGAAUCAACUGAUCCAGCAUCCAUGGCUGUCGCUGAAACCUCACGAUUAAGUAUAAGUUAUCCGGAAGAAGCUCAAGUUGCUAAUAUCGCAGUUAACUUUCAGGUGCCACAAUUAACCUGGGAACUUGUUACAAUUGGUGAAAAGGGUCGUGAUCAAAGUUUAGUUAAAAGUGUUAUGCAAGAUUUUGCCCUUUAUUUUGAUAAACAUCGAUCAUACGAGUCAAAGGUUAAAAUUACUCUGAAAAGUUUAAUUGUUGAAGAUCUUCUUGUGCCUGAUUACUCAAUCCAUCGAUUUAUCAUGUCAUCUGAAGUUUAUAAUUCAGUUUCAUCACGAAAACGUCCUAAAGGUGAUAAUUCACCUGAAAGAAAAUACGAUUUCCUUUCGACCUCAUGUCCAACAACACCACAAGAGAUUCCAUAUUCUCGCCUUUUGUCUCCCAUGUCACUUCCCUCUAAACUACAAAAGUCCAACAUCUACCAUUUGAUGCCCUAUUCUGGCCCACGGCGAUAUCGACCCAAAAUCCCGUUAACCAGGAAAAAUAAGUUGACCUCCGAUGAGAAUAUUGUUCCAAGUUGUCCAAGUACACCUCCGUGUUCACCAACUUCUGAUGAUUGUUCUGAAAGGAAACUUGGUGAUUACUCAUCUAAUCACGACCAUGAUGAUGGCAGUGAAGAUGAGGAAGAUGAAGGCGAUAAUACACUUGUUAAAAUUUCUUUCCUUUUUGUUGAUGAAAAUUCACCUUUAUUUGAGACGAAAUAUAAUAGUAACCAUCGUUUUGUAAACAUAAAAUUCAACAGUUUGGAGACAAUAAUUAAUCCGGAAACUUGGGCGAAAAUAUUGAACUUUUUCGAACCACUUCCUGAGAAAAAAUCUCGAUACGAAAGGGACACCGAUUUUGACCACAUUGGACUUAAAGCUUUCUUCCUUUCUGGGCCAAAUUCAUCUUCACCAAUUAAUCAAGCAUCAACAUCUAAAUUAGAGGUUGAUAGUAAAAUUGAUUUAACCAUUAGACGUCUUUCAAUCAUCUUAAAUAAACCGGAAGAUCAGCCGCUGGCAAAGGCCAAUAUUCAUGGUUUCUCGUGUUUCUAUUCAAAGUAUAACGGUAACGUUUUGAUGGAAGGAAAAUUGAAAAAACUCUCGAUUAUUGAUCUCUCACAAUUCAACGAGAUUUACAAGGAAAAAUUCAUCACCUCUGGAAAGGAAGCUCUUAAUUUUACCUUCUUUAAAUACGGUCAAGAUGAUGAGACCAUGAAACGGGAAUGUGACAUGAGUUUGAAACUUCAAAUGGCCUCCGUUCAAUAUGUUCACACUCAGCGUUUCUAUACAGAGACUAUGCAUUUCCUACGACAAUUUAAUACACUCCAAUGGAAAAUUAAAGCUCUAACUGCACCAGAAGUGAUAAUGAACUUUCACCGAUCAACUCGAAUUUCUUUGGACAUUAAAGCAGCCGCACCAGUGAUAAUUAUUCCAGUUAAUCAUCUUUGUGAGAAUGUGCUUGUAGCUGAUUUCGGUCAACUCACCGUAAAUAAUAAAUUUCUUUACGCUGGUUCACCAGGAACCAUUGGAACUGUUUGUAAAAAGUCUGGUUUAACACAAUCAGAUUUAAUUGCUGCUUCUGUAAGGGAAAAAUUUGGUGUCGUCACUCGAGUCUCAUCGCAAUCAUUGGUGUCCGGUUAUGUCCGUCUUCUUGAACCUAAACCAUGUUUACUUGAUGUGAUCGAUGUUCAACUUCCCGAGAUGGAUUUAUAUUCGGGUUUUGUUGUUCGUAAAAACAUUGACUCAAAACGUCGUAAAUCAUUUGUUAAUUGUAAAAACGUUACCAACGAUGAGAAUGAUGAUGAUUACGAAGAUGGUGUUUUAGAUUUUCCAUCUUUCCGUAUUAAACGAUUACCUGGUCGAAUUUUAAAGGAAAGAUUCAUUUUUUCUUUGCAAAUUGAACGAAAUUUAGAAGCAGAAUUUAAUCAUUCACUUCCUGAUAUCUCGAUGCUUGGCAAAGUAUCAGCUGUUAGAUGUACAAUCGACUCACCAAGAUACCAAUUGAUUCGUGGUGUAUUGGAAAACAAUUUAGGUGAACCAAUGGACCAUAUUACACCUAAUCAACAAAUCGUUGAAGGCGAAGGAUUAAAUAUUCUAUUACCUAAUCGUAUUUGGACAUCAAUGGCAAUUCAUUUGGAUUUGAAAAAUGUUUCUCUUGAAAUAAUUGAUGGAUCAAUGGAAUUGACUCCAAGUCAGAAUGAUCAACUUGCUAGGAUCGAUUUUCUUUCAUCAAGAUUGUCAAUUGAAAGUUUUACCGAUUCAAGUAAAGAUAUCGAUCUUGUUUCUCAAGAGAUCAAGAUUAUGGACUCGAGAUAUUUAUCUAACAAUCAACCUAAAGAAAGGAAACCCAAUGUAUUUCCAGGGAUUCUUCAACCAGCUCGAAAAGGUUUACCAUCAACACCAUUACAAGUGGAAAUACAUUAUCGCAGUAAACGUAAUCAAGUUUGCUUAACAGUUUUACUAAACAAUAUGAGAGUCAUGGCAAUAUUUGAUUGGUUUAAAGAGAUGAGUGAUUUCCUAUCUCAACCAAUUAAUUUUAAAAAAGCAACAUCACCUCGAUCACCUGAGAUUAAAACAACAACAAAUGAUUCAAGUUAUACAAGUCAAUUGUUAACUGUAGAUGAAGACAGGCUACCUGAUUUUGAGCUUAAAUUCAAUAUAACCGAUACUGAAUUAGUUGUGGUUGAAAAUUGUUCAAUUGAAGAUACUAAUGCUGUCAUUUUAAAGGGAACUGCUAUUCUCAAUUUAGCAACGGAUUUAACUCAUCCGGAGCCAUUUAAUUGUACCCUUGAAGGUGUUGAAGUUUUCUCAUGUAUCCUUGGCGUUGAAGAGGAGACAGCGUUGUCCAUUGUUGACCCGCUUAAUGUCACUAUUGACAUGGCACCCAAAGUGAUUCCUGAACCGAUCCCAAAAUCGACAAUUAAUGUUGAACCUCGAGAAGAGGUUGUCCUAGUCUUAGAUGUUUCCGAGAUUAGUUUACGUCUCUCUUAUAAAGAUAUCUUCCUUUUCCUAAAGAUACUUAACUCACUUCCAACUCAAACCAAAGUGCUCACUAAAUCAUCUUGUUCACCCAAACAUGGCACCGAUCCAUUGAAUUAUCUUAACGAUUAUGUUUACGCUUUACCCUCUCAUAUUAGUCACUUGCAAAGUUUAGGCUUUAAACAAUCGGAGUGUAUUCAAGCACUUGAACAAUGUAAAGGAAACAUCAAUGAAGCGGCAAUUUGGUUAACCCACUCCCUGCAACAAUCGCCGACCUCUAGUCUUUCACCUGAUCAUGAAAUUGAAACUUUACUCCGUCCAACCAAACGUGUCAGUCGUUUUAGUAAAUUUAAUUUUGAGACAAUUAGUCUUCAAGUUGGUUCGUGUAUAUUUUGUCUGAUUGAUGAUUGUAAAGAUACCGAUGUCCCGUUGUUUGAGGUUAGAUUUUCUCGUAUUGAUUUAUGGCAAAAAUUUUCCUCUCACUUGAUGGGCGCCGCUAAAUUUGAGAUGACCGGAGAUUAUUUCAAUCGCUCUCUGUCGGGUUGGCAGCCCAUUUUGGAGAAAUGGCAAACUUCAUUUGGUUGGAGUUUAGAGAAAGAUGACAAAGAUAUUCUCAAAAAAUUAUCCAUCGAAAUUAACUCUUCAGACACUCUUAAUUUAGUUCUAACCAAUACUUGCCUUGAAUUGUAUAAAUCGGUUUUCACUACUUGGAUUGAUGAGUACAAUUUACUGUCCCAGCAAAAUAAGCAACCGGUUCGUCAAAGGUCACCUUUUAUCCCGUUUGCGAUUAAAAAUGAAAGUGGUUGUGAUCUUAGAUUCACUUUGGUUACAUCAAAUGUCGGUGAUCAUUUAACCUCAACAACAUUAACUGAUUCACUAUUUGCUUUUGCCUUUGGUCCUACAAACAGAGUGAAAAAGUUGAGUACUUCUAGAAUUCCUGAUUCAGGGAAAUUAAAAUCGGCCUCGAACAAAGAUUGGACUCUGGUUAAAGCGAAUGAAAUUGUUCCGUUUACCUUUGAUGGUCCAGCUAAGGCUCGUCACCAGGACUCUCAUCGACUCAAGUCUCACAAAAUUGUCGUUCAAAUUGACGGUUGGCAGCCCAUUUUCCCGGUUUCCGUUGAUAAAGUCGGUAAAUAUUUUCGAGAAGCUAAACCAGAAAAUGUCCGCUAUGAAACGGCUCGAAUUGUUUUCGACAUUACAUUGGAAAGUAAUGCUCGAAAAUUAAUUACAGUUCGUUCAGCAUUGAUGCUUUUCAACGGAACUAACAACUCAAUGGAAGUUAAAUUUGGCACUUUUGGAAACUCUUGUCUCUAUGUUGUCCCUCGUACUUUAGUACCUGUGCCACUUCAUCUAAUACGAACAAAAAUUUAUGCUCGACCUUGUGACAUCGGUGUUAACAUGUGUGAGACUCCAAUUGUUUGGGAACAAGUUCGUCGUAUGAGCGACUCUUCAUCUGAACUUUUAACUUGUACACCGACAACUAUAACCAAAGAGCAACACAGUUCGUACACCGGUUCACCGCUUUAUAAAUUUGUCUCCAUUGUGAGUAGAGAAAACUUUCCACUCGAAGAAAGGUCAAAAGGCCCAGGUUUACGAUCAGUUCGUGUUCUCCCCGCUCAUCAGAUCUCACUAUUACCACCAUUAACCAUUUGUAACCUUUUACCCUUUGAGUUACGAUAUCGAGCUAUAAGUUACCUUGAAGAUGGUUCAAUCAAACCUGGUGGAGUAGCAGCACUUCAAUAUAUUGACACAAGUCAAGAGUUUUCAUUGACCUUUACCCUUGACAAUUACCCCAAAUGUACACCACUAGUCAUUGCUACAAAUUUCAUCAGUGAUUUUACCACCAAACUUGAACUUUUUGACAAAAAAGAUCGACCUUUAAAUAUAAUGGCUCAAAUUUCGUUGGCCAACAAUAGUCCAUUUGCCAUAUCGAUUACCCUUUUAUCACCAUUUUGGAUUGUCAAUCGAACCGGAUUACCGAUAAUUGUGAAACAAGAAUCAGCCGAUAAAGAGGCUUCUGGUCAAUUCGAGGAACAUGAAGUUGCUCGAAGCAUCUCACCAUUACUUUUCUCCUUCUAUGAACUCGAAUCGUCAUUUUCUUGUGUCAUGAGAUUGGGUAAAUCAUUUGGUCGAACUCGUUGGUGUAACUCUUUCUACCUUCAAAAAGGCGCAACUGUACGUAAACUACGAAUAGCAUCAAGUGAUCCUCGACGUCCUGAUAAAGUUUACGAAAUUGGUAUCGAAGUUCGUAAUGGUAAAGGUCGUUAUCGUGAUACUUUUGUUGUAACAUUAACCCCGAGAUAUCAGAUUGAAAAUUCAAGCUCAUUGUGCCUCGAAGUGACCCAAAAGUAUGCAACCUCAUCAGAAAUCGAUUCGCGGGAAAAUUUAAUCUCUGUGUUACCCAAUUCAAAUGUUGCCUUCCAUUGGCCUCGAAGUGACCAAGAUCGUCUUCUUUGUGUCCGCUUAGCCUCAUUACCUUUGAGUUGUCAUUGGUCAGGAGGUUUCGCUGUCACAGCCAACUCAUCAUUCUACCUUAAUAUUCGUGACUCUCAAGGCCAAUCACAUUUUAUCCGCCUGGAAAUUUUAGCUCAAGGAGCAACAUCUUUCGUCAUCUUUAGUGAUGUAGGAAAUUUACCACCGCCCAUCAGAGUUGACAAUUUCUCUGAGGUGCCAAUUGAAUUCUAUCAGACCAACACUUCCCAGGCUUGGAUGAAAACCACCGUCAAACCAAAAUCGUCCAUUCCUUAUGCAUGGGAUGAGUCAACCUUAAAGCCACACUUGACAGUUUCAGCACCCGGUGGGUGUUCAGCCACCUACGAUCUCACCUCUUUGCGACCCGGUGAUAACCUUUCAUAUGAAAACUUUUUCUACAUCGCCUUUUCGGGAACCUUUCUCUCUGUCCAUGAGGCUGAGAAUGAAGUCUCCGUUCAACAAUAUUCCGAUCAAGAUAUUAAAUCUAUGCAAUUGGUUCUCGAUGUACCUGAAGGUAGUCGUAAAGUCAUCAUCAAUCGUAAAGAACCAGGUAGACGAUCACAAUUAUGGAGAAUGGAUCAAUAUCGUCGUUUAUUACAUGAAGGAUCAUCACCACCCAAAGAUCCCCGUAAAUCGGGAAGCAAGAGCGAAGGCAUUUCCUUUGUACUCGACAUUGAGGCUCAAUGUGCGUAUCCAGGUCAAUAUUCAUCUCUUACCCUGCGAAGUAUCGACAACAAACGAAGUCUAACUCAAUAUUGGAGUUUCACUUCUGAAGGGCGCCUUUGUUGCGAACAUCCUGAUCUCUAUGUUCAACCCAGAGAUGGUUUUCUUGGACUUUUCAUCGGUAACGAAGUUGUUCUUGGCCCCUCACAGCCAAUCACCUACUCGAAGCUACCAAACAACGUAGCCUUUGAACAAGCAUUAACCACACAAAAGAUGCGAAAAGGAUCAGGCCUUUUAUCGGUUCAUGUUUGUACCGACGGACCAACAAGAGUACUUCAAAUUAUGGAUGUUCGGAAUAUUCCACCCAAUUCAUCUCGAUCAACUUUACGAUCACCUAAUAUUCCCUCAAUUUCCGCAUCAAAAAGUUUAGCCUCCGCUGAUCGAACCAAAAUUGAGCUUAAUCUUGUCGUUAAACCUUCAAAUGUUGGAUUUUCACUUGUUAAUCAAUAUAACGAGGAAAUUGUCUAUUUAUUUUUCAACGAAGUUGUACUUGAAUAUCAAUACAAAGUAUUCGAACAUCGUAUCAACUGUUCAGUUAAAUAUUUUCAGGCUGAUAAUCAAAUUAUCGAAGCCGAAAAACCAAUUAUUUUCCAUACAAUGGAACUCGAAGAAAAUAACCCGUUAAGUGGACUUCCAGCUCUUCAUAUAUUCAUUCACAAAUUGGUUCUUCCAAAAGUCGAAGCUCAAUUCUUCGAGGAUGUCCAAAUCACAAUAAAAGACAUUUCCUUGAACCUCGAAGAAUUGUUAAUGUUAAAGUUUUAUGAGUUUCUUGGUUACCCUGAACUUGACUCUGAAUCUGAACUGGUUGAUGAUGAAAAGGAAGGUCAAAAUGCUCAUAAAGCCAUAACCUCGGCUUUAGCUAAAUCACCUCGUCUCUAUUUUUCAAAUCUUCAAAUUAAAUUGGACAAUGUGAAGCUUAGUGUUCUCACAACUAGUCAUUUACCAACUAAAUUGUCAGCAAUUAAGAAAAAGCUCCGACUUCGUUUGAUCCGAUUUGAAGAUGCAAAGAUAAGUUUACUCCCAUUUCGUAAAAAUUAUUCCUUGGAAACAUUUAGAUUUUUAAUUGAAGGAAUUGUGAGCCACUACCAUCGACAAUUAAAAGGUCAAGCAGCCAAAAUAUUAGGAUCAUUUGAUUUCCUGGGUAACCCGUUGGGUUUUGUAAACGAUGUUACCGAUGGUUUAUCUGAAUUGAUUAAUGAGGGAAAUGUUGGUGGAUUGAUACUUAAUUUGGCUCAUGGAAUCUCUGAUUCAACUGCAAAAUUUACCUCCGUACUAUCAGACGGGCUUGGAGUGGUGACCAUGGACGAUCGACAUCAAGAGAUUCGAAAACGAAUAAAACACGAAUCAAAUGACCAUUUGAAAGCGGGAAUCAAGGGACUGGGUGUUGGUAUUUUGGGAGGUUUCACUAGUAUUAUUACGCAAACCUACGAGGGAGCAGUUAAUGAGGGUGGUGUCGGUGGCUUUUUCUCAGGCUUUGGUAAAGGUCUUCUUGGUACAAUAACAAAACCCGCCGUUGGAAUGCUCGACUUUGCAACUAGUGCGGCCAUUGCUGUUCGUGACACAAGUCGCAAAAUUGCCAACACUUCUUGGUCUCAGGUCAAACGCAUUCGACCUCCUCGUCAACGUUUCUCUGUUCACGGGCCGGGAUCAUUGUUACCUCAUUUCUCUCUUGAACAAUCUCGAGCUCAAGAAUUUUUUUACAAAUCAACAAUUCUCAACGACAAAGAUGACGAUGAACUUUUUAUUUCAUUUAAAUUGCUUCGUUCGGAUGCUGCGCUUUUUAUUACCAGUCAUAAGCUUCACCUGAUCACUUGGUCCGAAUCAACGAUUGAAGAUCGUGGAAAGGGUCAAAUUUCAUUAGACUUUGAAUUUUUGCUACGAUGUGAGACAGCAACACAAUACGGAAGUCCAACAAUGUCCAAUUUAACUCGUGCUUAUUUAAUUCUCGUUUUAACUGAUGAAAGUUGUCCCCAAUGUUAUGGUUCUCAUCAUCAAUUAGCUGAACUAGGAUCAACUAAGCCAAAGAUACGCUGUCAAUCUGAACAAUUAGCUAACGAGGCUACACAAUUUAUUAACUUUGCAAGAGCAUCGUAUCAGGAAAAUCACUUUAUUAUACUUUCUUAAAUUCAGCAUCAACAAAAUUAUACAUUAAUGAAAUUGUAAAUGAAAAACAAUUAUGAAUCAAAACCUCAUCUGAUUAGAUUUUCCUGUUUUCAUUGAUAAUCAAUAUUUUUCUAGUUAACUUUCAACGGUAAUUAACAAAUUGCUAUGUAAUUUUAGAAUCAAGCAAGUGAUUAAUACAAAUUGUGAAUAAAGAAAUAAACAUGCUUGUCAUC